CACUAAUUUAGCGAAGCAUUUUCCAUUCAUCAGUAUCAAGACAACCAUAUAAUAACCAUGUCAUUAGAUCAUGAAGAGGAUAUGAUAGAUAGGCUAUCACGAGCCCAAUCACCCAUUGAUGAUAAGAAACCCACCAAGGAGGAACAAGCUCUAUUAGAUCUUCAAACAGAGAAGCAACAACUUAUAAUUAAUCAAAACAAACAGUUUCUUGAAGAAUUAUUUAAAGAUAGUUCAACACAACCAAUAAAGAUUAAAAAUGUUCAAAUUACUAAUAGUGGAGAUUUCCGAGAUACAUUUCUUCAAUCUCAAUUCCAACCACUUUUAAAAACUACUAGACCAAUAACUUUACAACAUUUAUUAAAAUCAAUUGAAUCAAUAUCUAAAUCAUUUAUAAAAUUAAAUUUAGUAGAGAAUUUACUUGUAAGUGUUAAUCAAAUUCAAUCACCUCGAUCAUUUUUUAAAUCUGAUAAUGGUACAAGUUUAAAUAUUGUACCUAUUUUUAAUAUAAUUCCAGUUAAGAAAUUUUCUGCUAAAACUGGUACAAAUAUUGGUAAUGGUGAAGGAGAUGGAUAUAUACAAUUUCAAUUCCGAAAUUUAUUUGGUGGAGCUGAAAAUUUAUCAUUUGAUGCAACAACUGGUACUAAAACUAAAUCAUCAUAUUUACUUAAUUAUAAUAUGCCAGUAUUUAAUAAUUCUAAUUAUAUAAAUGAAAAUUUAUUUUAUAUUAAUACUAGAAAAUUAGAACAUAUUCAAAGUGAAGUUACAACUCAAGGUUUUAGUAAUAAAAUAUUUACUCAAUAUGAUAAUACUAAUUUUAAUCAUGAAUUUAUCCUUGAGAAUUUUUGGAAAGUAUUACAAAAUAAAGGUUCAAAAUCAAUGACUAUAUUAAAUCAAUCAGGUUCAUCAUUUAAAUCUUCAGUCAUAUAUAAUUUAAUUUAUGAUUCCAGGGAUAAUUCACAUUUACCAUCAAUUGGACGAUAUUUCCGAUUUGGACUUGAAUAUAGUGGAUUAUUUAAAAUUAAUAAAUAUCCAUUUAUAAAAUCUAUAGUUGAAUCUCAAUUAACUUAUCCAAUACCAAAUCUUCCUUCAUCAAUUAUUUUUACUAAUAAAGCUGGAAUUAUAUAUCCUUUGGGACAGAAACCUCAAACUUCAGUAUUAGAUAGAUUCUUUAUUGGAGGUCCAAAUGAUGUUAGAUCUUUUACUUUAAAUGGUUUAGGUCCAAGAGAUCAUAAUAGUUCAAUAGGUGGUGAUAUAUUCUUUACUGGAGGAGUUUCAUUAAUAUCAAAGAUUCCUGGAGUAUCUCAAGAAUCAAAUUUUAAACUUCAUAACUUUAUAAAUUAUGGUAGAUUAGUAUCAAUCAAUAAGACAGACCUUUCAACAAGUUUUAAGAAAUUAUUAGGUCAAUAUUCUGUUAGUUUUGGAUUUGGAUUAUUAUAUAAUCAUCCAAUGGCAAGAUUCGAAUUGAAUUUUGUAUUACCUAUUACCGCCAAUAAAUCUGAUUCUUUAAGAAAAGGUAUUCAAUAUGGUAUUGGGGUAACAUUCUUGUAAAAAGGUUAUGUAUUAUUAGUAUAUUCUGUUUUAUAUUUUUUUGUAUAUAGACAAACUUUAUAGAAAAGUUAAGAUUUAUUUAUUUUCAAUCCAUUGGGUAUGAAUUUCAAUAACUCGAGGUAUAAUGAGACUUUCUAUUUCAACUUCUUUAGAUAUUUGAUCAUCA